AUGCCGAGCCCGUCGAACCUGGCCCUCGAAUACCUCGAGGGCAUGUCCGGAACCACGCAUAAGAAGCUGUACCAGCAGCCAUCGACGGCGCUGGCCGUUUUCCGCCGCAUGCUGCCGCAUCUGGCGAAAACGAUCGUCAUGGCAAUGCUCUACAUGACAGGGCCAUUCUCUGCGGCCGAGCUGGACGCGUGGAUCCGCCCCGACGCCAAAGGCGAGAAAGACAAGGCGCUCUCGGUACUCGAAAGCCUGCACAUCGUAUCGCAGAUACAAGAGCCGCCGGGGCAGCGCGCGUACCGGCUGUCGAGCGGGUUCCAGAACUCCCUGCGGCAGGCUCUGACGGGCGGAGGCAACCAUCGGUCGUUUGGUGUGCCGUGCGGCGACGGCGACGGGCACGGCAACAAAAAGGUCAGCGUGGCGUCGCUGGACCACUUUGCGCGCGGCCAGUGGGAGGCCAUUCUAUACUACAUGGUGGGCAGCACGGGGGCAACGGCAGGCGUAGGCGGAGGCGGCAACGCUAUCAGCCCGGGCACAAAGACACUGCUGGAGGUGGGGAACUUUGUCGAGGCGCGGGGGAGCCGCGCCGCCAUCACGAAGCAGGGCUUCACGUUCCUGCUGCAGGAGGUGAAUGCGCAGGUGUGGAGUCUGCUGAUUGUGUACCUGAGCCAUGCAUCCCAGCUGAAAAUGGACGAGGUCGACGUGCUGUCGUUCUUGUUCAUGCUGGGCAGUUUGGAGCUGGGCCAGGCGUACAGCACGGCGAACCUCUCGCCGACGCAGCUGCAGAUGCUCGAGGACCUCAACGACUUCGGCAUCGUCUACCGCACCUCGCCCUCGUCGCCGCGCUUCUACCCCACCCGCCUCGCCACGACGCUGACGUCUGACGCCGCGGCCCUGCAAAACACGAGCGCGUUCUCGUCGGCGCUGGACGCGUCGUCCGCCCCCGGCGCCACCAAGGGCUACAUCAUCAUCGAGACGAACUACCGGCUGUACGCGUACACGAGCAGCGAGCUGCAAAUCGCCGUGCUCAACCUCUUCACGCGACUAACGACGCGAUUCCCGAACCUAGUAGCAGGAAAACUGACAAAGGAGUCUGUGCAGCGCGCCAUUGCGCUGGGCAUCACGUCGGACCAGAUCAUCGCGUACCUGGACACGUACGCGCACCCGCAGAUGCAGAAGCACGUGCCGGCGCUGCCGCCGACGGUCGUGGACCAGAUCCGCCUGUGGCAGAUUGAGGGCGAGCGCAUGCUGGCCACCGACGGCUUCCUCAUGAAGGACUUUAAGGACUGGGAGGAGUACAAGGAUAUCCGUGACUAUGCGCGCGCUAUUGGCGUCAGGGUCUGGGAUAGCGAUGUCAAGCGCUUGCUAUUUAUUACCCGCCAUGAGCAGAUUAGCCAGUUUAUCCGCAAUCGGGCCAAGCGGUAG